AUGAUACAGCAUGCUGCAUCCUAUGGGCUAUACCGGAAACUUGGCACAUUAAAAGAUCUUGACUGUGAGGUAUUACCUAUGAGUGAUAAGAUGCAAGUGAUAAGUGAUAAAAUUAUGACGGAGCUGAAGCUAGCACAUAAUAGAAGCGCAAAGUUAUAUAAUACAAAGGCUAGAGAAGUGCAGUUUAAAAUCGGACAAGUGGUAUACCGCCGAAACUUUAAGCAAAGCUCUCAAGUUGAUAGUUACAAUGCGAAAUUAGCCCCCAAGCAGGUUAAAUGUGUUGUUUUGAAAGCGAUCGGUAAUUCAAUGUACGAGCUUGGGGACAUGAAUGGGAAAAGGAUCGGGGUAUACCAUGCUAAGGAUAUGUUCGUAGGAUAA